GCUUUCAGAUGAAAUCUGCUUUUGACGAGGUACCAGAUGAAAAGAAGCCACAGUUCACUCUAGAUUCUACAAUGCGAUUCUCCUAUCAAUAUCCACAAACGAAGGAUGAGUUAAAAGCAAAUAUUAGUAAUAAAUACGGAUGCUAUAAGAACCUACGCCAGCCCGCGACUGGUAUUGUUCCCACCGCGGCCAACGAUCAGAUGAACAUGCGUACAUUUACCUCGUACGACCAGUUCUUUAACAGGCCGUACAAACCCGGUCAAGCCGAAAUAUAUGAAGCCGUAAGAACCGGCAAGAUGGAUGAAUAUAUGCGACUGGCAAACGAUAAAG